AGUAACGAUACCUUAGGGUGUGUUUACGCCUCUCUUGGUACUCUUGAAUAUGCCGGCUAUCCUGUUGAACCAUUUGAAAAAAAGAAUCCAUCAGGCGGGAUUUCAUCUUUAUAUAAUGCUCCAUUAGCUAUUGCUAUGUCUUUUGUAAUAAUCAGUUAUGUGUUAUCAAAAUCUGGCAUUGUACAAGCUUUACUCAAAGUUACUAUCCCUAAUAAACCUGAUAGAACUGAUAAGCCUUUACCGGAUAUUCAUGACCAUGGUUCAUCUACAAAUGAAACUGGUCAUGAUCAUGGAGCGUCUACAAGUAAAUCUGAUCAUGACUAUAUUGUAACUACAGAUAGUACCGAAAAAUCGUGUGGAUGUGUUCCUAAAAUUUUUGAUGUAUCAUCAGCUCCUUCUGUAUAUGAUAUAUUUCGCGCUGCUCAGUUUUUUAUAACAACUGCUCUAAUAUCUAUACCAAAUCUUUCAGAAUACUAUCAAGAUUUAGCUUCAAAACUUAGUUGGUUAUGCGGUUUACCAAAUAGUUUUAAUUUAUCAUAUCUUGGCAGCGUUGCAGAUAAUGGCAUACGGAUUGGAAUAUGCCAGAUGACAAAAACCUGUAAAACAAUUACUGGUGUCACAUACUUUAAUAUUGAUUUUUGUGAUCAGGAUUCUACUACUGGAUUUUACAAUUUCGCAAGAAUGUUAUCUGUCCAACCUUAUGAUUUAUUUUUCUUAGCAUUCAUAGCUUUUCUUUCUGCAUUGGCUCUUGCAAUUGGUAUUGCAUUACUUAUCUGGUUAUUUGCUCGGUAUAGUGUCUGCUUACACAAUAAAUGGAAAUCCUUAAAAACAGUUGCAGCUAAUUGUCUUUGUUUAGUACUUGUAGUAUUUUCUCUUGGAAUAAUUACUUUUUGUGGUGUUAAAGUCAUUUCAGAUUUAAAGAAAAAUGAUCUUGAAAUAUUUAAAAAACCCGAUCAUACAUUUAUUUAUGGUGCACUAUAUACUCAAUAUAAAGAAAAUAAUAUUAUAAAAGACUCUC